GCAGGCCCCGCCCCUGCCCUCAGGAGCGGUCGGUUCCGAAGGAAAGCCCCGGGAUGGGGAAGGGACCCACAAAUAUCACGGAGUCCAGCUCCUGGCCCUGCACAGCCUCAGAAAAAGUUAAUUCCCUCCUCCUGUUACCAGGAGGCUUUACAAGAUCUGCUGCACACAGAUUAAAAUGUUCGUCUGCGUCACUUCCCUGCCAGAUUAAAGAGGUGUCACCCACAUUUUAUGUGUGGCAAACACACGUCCAAUGCAAAUGGCUAAUUUUAACAGAAGUUACAGGGUGCCAACGCCCCGUGCUUCUUCAAGAUCUGCUGAGUCCCGGUGUCCCAGUCAGGAGGAUUUCCCUCCCCUCCCGACCAUCGGGGAGCGCUUGGCCCAUAUGCACCCCUCCCAUGAGCUCCUGGACUAUUACCGCAGGAAGAUCGCUGACUUCGACGAGGAACACGAGGAAUUAGUAAAAAGGCUGGAGAGAUACAAGCAAACCUAUGAUGAACAGCACCAGCUGCAGUGGGAAGUCAGGCACUUGGAGGAGGAGAUUGCAGAGCUGCAGAAGGCUUUGAGUGACAUGCAGGUGUACCUGUUCCAGGAGAAGGAGCAGGUCCUUCGCCUCUACUCGGAGAAUGACCGUCUGAAACUCAGGGAAUUGGAGGACAGGAAAAAAAUCCAACAACUCCUGGCUAUCCUGGGAGCAGAUGAAGGAGAAAUUACAUAUUUUCAUAAGGAGCCUCCACAUAAGGUUACUGUUCUGCAAAGGCCACCAGAGACCCAAGAACAAGAUGAUGUCUCUAGCACAGGUACAGAGAAGAGUGCUUCAAAACCAACAGCAAAAGGAGACAAAUUAAGAAGUUGUGAGAGAGAUCAAAAAGAUGACACACUUCUACUACAGGUGAAGGCCCUGCAAGCUCAGAUAGAAGAACAGACACAAUUAACCAAGGAACAGGUUGAGGCUCUGCUCGAGGACAGGCGGAUUCAGAUGGAGGAAGCUGAGGUCCGGCAUCAGAAGGACCAGGACAAGAUCAAAGCUAUAACAGAAAAGCUCCAUAAGACCCAAAAUCUCUUAUAUGAGAGUACCCGGGACUUUCUCCAGCUCAAGUUUGAUGCCAGAGCCAAUGAGAAAGCAUGGAUGGCAGAGAAGGACAGUCUGUUGAAAAAACUUAGCAAAGAUCUGGAUCAACUUGCUUUCAGCACAGAGUCAGGACAAAAGAAGCAGACAGAGCUGAAGAAGAUGCUUCAAGGAAGUGAUGGAGCUUCAAAACUCCACAGCAAAGAAAUAAAGUUACUGCAAGACAAGCUAAUGCAGGAGAAACACCUGUCACACAUGUACAGAGAGCAGUGUGUCUCCCUGGAAGGGGAGGUGGCUAGGAUCCGUGAGGAGAGAGAUGCUGGCAAAGAACUCUUUCAGGAACGCUCAGAGAAGAUGGGGAAGCGCCUGAAACUGAUGACUCAGCGGUGUGAAGCCUUGGAAAAACGUCGUAACCUGGAAGUAGAGGGCUUCAAGAAUGACAUCAAACAGCUUCAGCAGAAACUGAAAGAUGUAGAGAAGAAGAUUUACAAGGUGGCUUUGAAUCUGGGACCAGACCAGGAUCUUGCAAUUCUCCGCGAGAUCCGCCAAGGAAACAAACUAACACGUAAAAUUCAAGGAGAACUAAAAGACUUAAAAACAAAAAUCUACAUCUUAGAGGAUGAACUACGACACUGCUGAAGCUGAAUUAUUAGCUGGCAUCCUAAUUUUAGGAAUAGGACAUUGCUAGACUUGAAUAGUCAUAUGAAAGAACAGCUCCUGCUUGUUUGUUUCCUGGCAUCCAUCAACAGAAGUUGAAGAACUCUGCUGUUAAUGUCAUAAGUGUACAUGAGCCAUUCCUAAUGUACCAGAUUAUAUUGCUGUUUGAGCUGAGAGAUGGCACCUGAUAAAACUGACUUUAAAAGUACAUGAUGACUGAUA